AUGGCAACUUCGAUUAAUUUGUUAGAGGAAGAAAUUACACCUAUCAAUGAAGGUUUUUCCGAUUUAUUAACGUGUACUAUUUGUGUAGAAACAUUUAAACAGCCGAAGUAUUUAUCGUGCCUAAACACGUUUUGUGAGAGAUGUAUGAGUACGUAUAUUGUUUCUACCGUGAAGGAAGAAAACCAAGAGGGAUUCAAAUGCCCAAUAUGUCAUCGCCUUGUACAUAUUGGAGACAGUACUGAGAAUCCUGAGACAUGGGCUAAAAUUUUGCAUGGAAAUCAUUUUGUCGUUUCGAUGAUCGAUAGAAAAGCAAUAAGGAAAUCUGAGAAAUUUUGCGAUGCUUGUACCAGUAAAGGGGUUUCAGGAGAAGCAACAUCAUGGUGUAUGGGGUGUGAAGAAGCAUAUUGCGAUACGUGUGAAACAAAUCAUCAAACUUUUAAAGUGUCUCGAAAUCAUAAGAUAGUACCGAUUGAAAACAUAAUUGAAGAUGUGUCUUGUUUAAAUGUCUGUGCGUUUGUUGCUUGUGAUGAACAUCCAGACAAGACAAUCGAAAUAUACUGCAAGGAUCACUCCCAGUCAUGCUGUACCGUUUGUGCUACUAUUCAGCACAGGAAAUGUGAACACGUGGUUACCAUAGAUGAAGCUGUUUCCGGAGUUAAGCUAUCUACACAUGCGCAGGAACUUACCAAGAAGUUAAUAAAAAGAAGUGAAACAAUAGAAGAUAUUAUCAACAACCGAAAUCAGAACACAACAAAUUUCAAAAAUGAAAUAGAUAUCGUCUUGGUAGAUAUUGCAAACAUACGUUAA